AGGUCGUGCGAGCGCGGGGCAUUUGGCGUUUCGGGACUGACUUCAGUUGGUGCGUGCGAGUGGGUCGGGUCGGUCGGUCGGUGCUUGUUGAAUUGUGUCGAUCGUCAUCGUGCUUUUCGAUUCUUCGCGCAUUUCUUCGCGGAGGUACUUUAUAUUAUCGACUUGAUCGUCUCGAUCUCGUGGACGCGGACGUCGCGAUUUAUUUGUUUGCGGAUAAGUUUGUUUGCACGCACAAUAAAUAGUGAUAUUCCGAGCUGCAUCUGCUAUUGAGGCUGCGGAAGGUGCGCGCGCUUAGCAGCAGCAGCAGCAGCAGCAGCCGAAGCAGGAUCGAAUCGUACGGUGUGGAUAAAUACGAGUAUAAAUUGCAAAUUGCUUUCGCUUCGACUUGUCGGAAAUGUUUCUCGCGCGAUCCUCGAGAGAAGGAGCGCGACGAAGUUGGCGCGACAAACAUAAGCUUCCAGCCGCGUAAAGGCGCCAAUCGCGAAAUGAAUUAGAGGCAUCUACUAUAAAUUGGAUCGCGUUCGACAAAUCGACAAACAACACGAGCCAUGAUAUCCGUUCUUGAGCAUUCAGGCAUGAGCAUUUCAAUUCUUUCGGCCGACUCGUCUCUCGCAAUCAGCAGUAACGCAGCGGCACGCGCACUCUCUCGACACUCGCACAGCACAUAUAAGCACGGUAUGGUCGAGGUUCUUUGAGAGAAAGAUUGGCGAGAUUGUGUUCCGUUCUUUAAUGGACGCUGCGCCGCCGAUCCAAGUUGCAUUCUCAGUCGAGACGAGACGUCGUUUGCCAAGAAAACAAGAUUCGAAAGGAGGAAGAGAGACCUUGAGACCUCUCUCUCCGCGGAGGGUUUAUACGGAUAUACCAAGAUAUCGGAAAUAAUCUCGGCUCUCUCGAAUGCUUGGAAAUAUGCGUUUGCCUGUACGCGAUUAUUCUUUCGAGUCUGAUGACGUGAUUCUGUCGCGGGAUGAUUAAUUGAUGCCGCGAGCAAUGCGUGCCAACGAGAUCGGAAUCGAUGCGAAAUCGAUCUCUCGCGCGAGAACGCUGAAUACGUUUACAACGAAUAGAUGCACGUGUAUAUCAGUGGGAAUUGCAGAGAUGUCGCGAAUUUGGAAUCGCGUCGCCACGAUUAGCGCGACCCUCGGCAUCGUUUUGCUCGUGAUAUUACUAGUAAUCUUGUGGUCGAACGUACGCAACGUAGACAGGAUCGGCCGAUUACGAAACGAUUCAACGCUCGAUCGUAUCGUCGAUCAAGCAAGGAAGAAGCAGCCCGACUACGGUCUUGCGACCACGACAUUGGAAUCGAUCGACCAGAAUUUCACCAACGAGGUGCUUCCCGAGGAACCACAAAAUACGAAGAAACGCAAUAAUGCAUCAUUGGUCGAUGUGUUGCCAUUCGCUAAGAGUAAUCUAGAAUACGUCAAGCCUUUCAAAAUUAGUCAAAAUCAAUAUGAAGAUCCACCCGAAGAAUUUUCCACGGCAAAGAGACAUCACAGUGGUCACUUUCGACAUGCGUCGGCCGAAGUUUGGGAUCCUCAUCCGCAAUAUGAAUUUACCGCCUUUGGAAGACGAUUUCGUUUGAGAUUGGCACACGACGCCAGUUUUGUAUCUCCCGAUAUAAAGGUGACGCAUAUGAGCGAGAACACAACUAGACGAGAACACGCUGGUCAUCAGUUGGGUUGCUAUUACAGCGGGUCAGUCGAUGGCGAUCCAAGUUCAGCGGUCAGUGUCAGCCUUUGUCACGGAAUGACUGGUCACGUGAAAACGUCAAUGGGAAGCUACUUUAUUAAACCCACCGAACAUUGGCGCGAGGAUGACAAGGAUUCUCUUGAGUCCUCGUUGCAGCACGCGAUCUAUCGCGUAUCCGCGACAGCGACAUCCAACUCGAACGAUAAUUCCAACUUUAAUAUGCCUGAAGAUAAAGUUGAGAAUCGCAACUGUGGAGUGAUGGAUUACGAGUCGGACGAUAGACCCUCGUUAACGGACGAUACUUUUGCUCAUAAAGUUGAUGUCGGAGCGCGUUCACGAGAACGUAGGUCGACGCGAAAAACCGCAUCGUUGGAACGGAAGCAAGAAGAGCAGGAAUACGAACGAUUCACAGAACAGAGCCAGCACCGUCUGGAUUUUUUUCACAAAGUGGAUUACGAUGACAGCUAUCAGAACGAGGAGUACACUCAGGACUCAAAAAUGGACUCGGAUUCUUUCGUAACGUGGAGACCACGGCGAGCUUUACCGCGUGAAUAUUUUAUUGAGAUUAUGGUAGUGGCAGAUGCAAAAAUGGUGGAAUAUCAUGGCAAUGGUUUAGUCAAUUACAUUCUUGUUCUAAUGAGCACGGUUUCACGUAUCUAUAAGGACCAAUCUAUCGGCAAUCCAGUGAGUAUAGCUGUGAUGAAGAUUAUCAAAACUGACGAGGUAUUUGGUAUCAAGCAUAGUGGAAGUGACGGAAUUGCGGCAGCCGAAAUGUUGAAACAAUUUUGCCAGUGGCAGAAACGUAACAAUCCAGAUGAACCCUCGCCCGAACAUCACGAUGCUGCGCUUCUUUUAACCAGAGAAAAUUUAUGCCACAAUCCGGGUCAAAAACGUUGCGAUACUUUGGGCUUGGCUGAAUUGGGUAGAAUGUGCUCGCCAGGUUCUUCGUGCGCCAUCGUACAGGAUAAUGGAUUAGCCGCGGCGUUUACUAUCGCACAUGAGAUUGGUCAUGUCCAUUUGGAAGAAAAAUUUGGAAUGAAUUACAGGCUCAACAUGCCGCACGACGACGAUGUCAAAUGUGCGGGUUUCAGGAAUCGUUCGGGUGUACAUAACGUCAUGUCUCGCAUGCUGGACGAUAAUACUUUUCCCUGGGAAUGGUCCAAGUGUUCCCGAUACUAUGUCACCGAAUUUUUUGAAGCCGGAUAUGCCAAUUGUUUGUUAGACGAACCAAGCAAAACGAUGGAAAGACAGGAUGGUCGGUUACCUGGCGAGGAUUAUUCGGAAAAUAAACAGUGCGAACUUGUUUUUGGGCAAGGAUCUAGAAUCUGUCCUCACAUGGUGAGUGAUGUGUGUAGGAGACUGUGGUGUACCGCGCCACUGUGGGACCAUCAUCAGCAAUGUCACACCCAGCAUAUGCCCUGGGCCGACGGUACAUCCUGUGGUGUCGACAAGUGGUGUCAUCGCGGCGAGUGUGUCUCGCGCAGGAAUCUCGAACCGGUGGACGGUCAAUGGGGCGAAUGGGGAAGAUACGGUGAAUGCUCGCGGAUUUGCGGCGGUGGUAUCAAAAGAAAGUAUCGCGAAUGCGAUAAUCCAGCACCAAAAAACGGCGGCAAUUACUGUAUCGGCGAGCGCGUCAAAUACCGCAGUUGUGGCACUAGAGAAUGUCCGCCAGGCAGUUCCGAUUUUAGAGAACAACAAUGCUCGAAAUUCGACAACAACAAUUUCAACAUUCAAAAUCUUGCUAGAGAUGUCAAGUGGCAUGCAAAGUAUACUAGAAUACUGCCGCAAGACCGUUGCAAACUAUACUGCCAAGUGGAAAGCAAUCAGUAUUACAUGUUACGUGAUAAAGUAAUCGACGGGACACCCUGUGGUCCUGAUACUUUUCAUAUAUGCGUCAACGGCCAAUGCAAGCUGGCUGGAUGCGAUCACGUUUUGAAUUCAACGGCCGAGCUCGAUACUUGUGGGGUCUGUAGAGGUGAUAAUUCUACUUGUCAGAGAAUUACAGGCUCCUACAACGCCAGUGUAUACGGUUAUACGAAAGUUGCAAAAAUACCUGCCGGUAGCAGCUACAUCGACAUUAGACAAUACGGAUGGCUAGGCUCUCAUAAUGACAGUAACUAUCUUGCGUUACGAAUCGGAGAAGACGGUGCAUAUAUCCUAAACGGCAACUUUAUGGUAAUGCAUCGUAAGGUGAUUGUGCAUCCAGGCAUCACCAUCGAAUACAGUGGACCAGAAUCGGUUGUAGAACGUUUAAAUAGUUCCCGGCCUAUUGUCAUCGAUUUAAUUUUAGAGGUAUUAUCUGUAGGAAACGUGUAUCCGCCGCAAAUUACGUACGAGUACACUGUACCGAAAAAAAUUCUAAACAGCUUUACGUGGUUGCUCAGCGAUUGGUCAACUUGCAAUCGAAUGUGUCAGGGUAUGAAAUAUCGUAAAAGUAUAUGUAGGAGCACCGAGCAUAAGGAUGAAGUACCCGAUGAUUAUUGCAGAGGCGAGGAAAAGCCGCAAGAAGACAGUCAGAUUUGUAACGCAUAUUGCAUGCUGCAAUGGCAAAUAACUUCUGUAUCCGAAUGCUCGAAUCAUUGCGGUCCAGGCUUGCGAACCGUUACUUGGCGAUGCGUUCAAAUCUUGUUAGAUUCGCCGUCCCAUUCUCCGCGACCUGUACCGGCGCACGCCUGCUUACACAUUGAAAAACCAAGCGAGCAUCAGUCGUGCAUAGGCCCGUGCGACGACGCUCAUUGGAGUUACAGCGAGUGGAAUACCUGUAGUACCUCGUGCGGUGGCGGUGUACAAUCGAGAGGCGCGAUAUGCGUUGAUUCGAAUGAGAGGCAGGUACGAGACGAGAAUUGCGCUAGGCAAGAAAAACAUCUCAAGAGGAUAUGCGGCCAAGAGGCUUGUCCGAAAUGGGAUCUAGGAGAAUGGAGUCCGUGUUCCGUGACUUGUGGCGUGGGAAAACGGCAUAGAGCCUCUUGGUGCCAAGUUGAGAAUCGCGUAGUAUCGCGUACCUUUUGUAGCGGUACACCAAUCGUAACGACAGAAAUCUGCGCUGCUGGUCCUUGUUAUCAGUGGCAUGCCGGCGACUGGAGUCCGUGUUCGGUGACGUGUGGCGAAGGAAUAUUACGCAGAAAAGUCAUUUGCCAAAAUGCCGAUGGUAUGAUGAGCGACGCAUGUCCCAUAUCCGAGAAACCGGAGACUUCGAUCGCUUGCACGCUGAAACCAUGUAUCAGUGCUGUGAGUCCACCGCCCGUCGUUUAUUCAUCCAAUCCUCCGCGCGAAGAUCCCUCCCAACAAGACAAUGAAAUUGAUAGCAAUGGUAUUACUUUCCAUUCGGGUUACAAAUGGCAUGUAGGAUCUUAUGGAGAGUGUUCGCGAAAAUGCAAUGCUGGAUACAAAAGUAGAAUAGUAAAGUGUAUCUCUUCAGAAACGGGAGUAGUUGCGCCCGAUUAUUAUUGCGACUCUAAUCAACAACCAAUGACCAAAAUUGCAUGCAAUCGUCAUCCGUGCCCAAUUUGGAAUACCGGUGAUUGGAGCGAGUGCAACGUAGGAUGUGGUAAUGGAUUUCAACAUCGCCAAGUUCGCUGCCAAAAUCAUCGUGGCGAAACUUUGCCAGACAAGGAAUGUACUGAUGAACAACCGAAAUAUGUGCGGAGAUGUCAGAAAGAAUCUUGUAAAACUAAUCCUAAAAACAUUAGGGAGAAUAAUUUGGAAUCUAACAUCGUCCGUAGAUGGAAAAUGUCUAAUUGGACUCCCUGCUCGAAAUCGUGCGGUACCGGGAUUCAAACGCGAAGGGUGGAAUGUACAAUGAGAAGAGGCAGUCAUGGACCGGAAAUACCCGUUAAGGACGAACAAUGCUCGAGAUCGAAAUUACGCAAGCCAAAAUCGCAGAGAUUGUGCCAACGCGUUGCUUGUGACUAUAUCUGGCAAGAAGAAAUUUGGUCGGAGUGUUCGGUGGAAUGUGGAGAAGGAAUACAACAUCGUGUAGUCACUUGCCAUCGAGUAAAUCGCUAUGGAUGGAUCGAUCCAACCCCUACAGAAGGUUGUGCAAUGGAUCAGAAACCGGCCGAGAAACAGAUUUGUAAGCUACGAGAGUGUAGCGAUAAAUAUUAUUGGGUUGCUGGUACAUGGAGAAAAUGUAGUCAUCCUUGUGGACGGAAAGGCCGACAAAUCCGUAAAGUUUAUUGUCACGAUGUAAUGGGCAAAAAGGUUGCACGAUUUCAUUGUCCAGUCGAAUAUAAACCGCAACGGAAGCGUAAAUGCAAUCAGAAGAGAUGUGGGCCAGUCACUUGCCUCGAAAUUCAGAAACGACUCAAAGCCACCACGGACGGUGAAUAUCCAUUAUUUAUUGGUGGGAGAAAUAUGACAAUUUAUUGUCAUGGAAUGUCGAGCGUCGAGCCACGAGAAUAUCUGACAUUGCUAGCUGGCGACAGCGAAAAUUAUGCGGAAAUUUACGACAAAAGGUUAAAGAAUCCACACACAUGUCCGUUUAAUGGUCAAAGGAAUGAUAGCUGUAAUUGUGUGUCUGAAUUGGGAACAGUUUCUGGUAAAACAAUGUUUAAAAGAGUACGCAUUGAUCCUACGAGACUCUAUAUUAUAGCAAAUGAUUACACGUUUUCGUGGACGAAAGGAAUGAAACGCGUAGAGUAUGGUAAAGCCGGUGAUUGUUAUAGUCUCAUUGAUUGUCCGCAAGGACGUUUCAGCAUCAAUUUAAGAGGAACCGCCUUGGGAUUAUCGCCAGCAGUUACAUGGGUUACGGAAACGUCGAGCGCUUUUUUCGCGAUCAAUAAAAUUAAUAAUCAGCGAAUUCUCGGUAAAUGCGGCGGUUAUUGUGGCUUUUGUAAGCCGAAGACAGGCCUAAAACUGGAUGUAUUACCUCCCUAGUCACAGCCAUCAAGUUUUCGUACUACAUUUAUUUGUUUUAUACAACCCGCGACAUGAGGCGUGAUAUUAUAUUUAACCACCGAUUUGCUUUAAACUCGAUUAGUUUCUUAGUAUCUUUCGGCAAUUAUAUGUACAUACGUAUGUACACACCCCCCUCCACACACACAAAAUAUUAUAUAGUAUAAUAUAUGUAUAUGUAUGUAUGUAUGUAUGCAUGUAUGUAGGUAUGUAUGUAUGUAUAUGUAUAUCGGAUAACGAUAUUGAAAUUAAUGGAUUGACGAGUUACGAACCGAUAAAUGCACAUGACAUAAUGUAUAAGUAUCACUGCCAUUACAUGUGCGAUUAUAUAAAAAUGAACAGAUAUUUUGAGAUAUAAAGCCUAUGCUGUUUUGAACAUGUAUUAUUUAUAUACGUUUAAUGAUGAUUCUUAAGCAAAUGCUUUCUAAAUUUAUAUAGACUUUAUCUAAUAAUCUACCUAUAAAAAGUGCAUAAGAACAAAUACGUUUGUGACAUAACAUAGAAUGAUCGUUUUUAAAGCAUAAAAUUUGUAGACAAAAAUUCCUAUUUUAUCUUUACAUAGUUGCAAUAGUUUUCUCCCUCUUUAUUUAUCAAGUAAAUUUUUAUCACUAUAAAAUAUAGAUGGAAAAAAGUAUGCAAUGUGUCUGCGCAUUUAAAUAUGUAAAGAUAUAUUUGUGUCAAAUUACAAACGUAUAAUUGUGCUGCGGUUGUAGAAAAUAUAGUGUCUUUCUAUGUAAAAAGAGAGUAAAAGAUAUGAGAUAAAAAAGAUAAAAGGAAAAAA